AUGGCGGCAAGCCUGCUGGAGAACAACUUGCGAUCUCUCCACAAGUGCUUGACAGCCGGCGAUUCCUCGUCAUUGGAGCAGAGCGAUGGGAUCAUUUCAGACAUAAGUCAAUUAUGUCUUCAUGAAAUCGACGAUAAAGAAAUUGAUCUCUGCUGUUCAGCUUUGUUUGACAAAGACAAAGGCAUUGUAGCGUUUCUGAACAAGACAUUCAACAAAGAUGAGUUCCUGGGCUGUAAACAAAAGCUACUGGAGCUGUUGUCUGGAUUUAUACAAAAGACUGAGAAAAAAAUCCUGCCUUACGCUGUGGACAUUAAGGAUGUGUGUGUCUCUUUGUUUUUUCGUGAUCGAUUUGCCAAAGUCAAGAACGGCGCCAUCCCGGUUUUGGCUAAGUUAAUUGAGGUGACAGCUGGGACUAAUAUUGGAAAGGAUCUCAACAUCCCUAAACUAAUAGAAAAAUUUUUCAUGGAGCUCACUAAAGGAUCAAAGGUGUCUUCCACAGUGAAGGAGAACAUAUUUGUGUUACUUGGUGUGGUAGCUGAGGUAUACCCGGAACACAUGGCAAGCUAUGCUGAAAGGUUCAUAGGGCUGUGUGUUACAUCAUUGAAAACUGAGAUGACUGCCAAAACUAGGAAGGCGGAAUUAUCCAUCAUAGCAGGCAGCCUGUCUGGUCUGACUUCCUGUUUGGUGAACUUUACCCAGUCUGCGGAUGACAGGUCAAAACAGUUAUACGAAAUAUUUAAGUACGCACGGAUGGCCAUAGACCCAAAGGUGGAGUAUACUCGUUACCAGGUGCCAGGCGCUGGUUUGAGGUUGUUAACCAAGCAUGCAGCACAGUUCAGUCUGUAUCUCAUAGAGGACUACCAGGGUAUGUAUGAUAAGCUGCGUUACUGGAGCCACCAUCACAAUCGUGACAUGUUACACUUGGGUCUGUCUGCUAUUGAGGCUUUCUUGGGACAGAUAUCAGAGAUGCUGGUGACACGAGCUGAGGAAGGUCACAAGGAUGGAGCUGUCUUCAAGUUCUUCAUACAGGAGUUUCGUACUCUGAUGAAUGAUGCAUCAGCCAGUGCCAAGGAAGUGUCUUUGGCCAUACGUGGGUAUGGUCUCCUUGCAGCUCCAUGCAAGACAUUUCUGAAGCAAGUGGAUGUACAGUUUAUGUUUAGUGAGAUGAUGUCCAAAAGUGAACAGCAGUUCCUCAGUCAAGAUGAGAACCUUGAAGAGAGGCUUUUUAAUUUGCCUAGCUAUCUGGAGGCCCUUGGUAACAUCAUCAAGCAGUUGGAUGAGAUUUCAGAGACAUAUACCAUAUCUCUCGAGCGACUGUUGGUACUGUUGAUAGAGAAGCUGCCGUCACUCCCACAGACUCACUUCUUCAUUUGUCUGAAGUCCAUACUAUGGCUACUUCUGGCUGUGAUGCCUAAAGGCACAACAUUUCAGCAAAUCAUGUCCGGUGUAGUAUUUCAGGGUCUGAUCCGGACCUGCUCCCACCCUCCUGUGAUAGAACUUGAGCAGACAGAAGAAUCUAAUAACCCACAGCCAGAAAGUGUCCUAGUCAGAAAGAUCACCUACAAAGAUUACAUAGCAUUGUGGACUGGUCUUCUGAACAGUGCCAAGAUAAAGGAUUUCUCAGUAGCUGACAUUAGUUUGGAUGUGCGACACCGCCUUACAGAGGUUCUGUACGAUGAACUGAUUGCAUCUGUGUUAAAGAUUCUAGGCAAACUUGAUCUCACAUCUUCCUCAACAUCUGAGCUUUCCUCUCAAUCGGAGGGUGUGGCUGGGACCAGUGAGGAAAUGUUAGAGGAGGGCGGGGUAACUGGUGAUCCCACACAGGGAGUACAACCCAACAGGCCGAAAGACCAUCAAGUCUUUAUCAACCUGGUCGACUUCUGCAGAGACUUACUACCUACAGCCCACUAUGAACUGUUUGAGAAGUGGAUUUUCACAUUCUGUCACAAAGUCAUUCUUUGUUCUACUGAUAAUCCAUUGGUCAGUGGAUUUUACAAGCUUCUGGCAAUGAGUAUGAAGAUUUCAAACAAGCUCAACUUUUUCAAGGAUGUUGUUGUGACUGGCUCUCCUAAGAAGUCAUCGACUGUCUCGAUGGAUGUGGACCAGCAGAUGAUCACAGGGACACAGCGUGACAGUGCUUAUCUACUCAUGAAAAAAUUUUCUAAAGAGGUGCUAGUGAGAAUGAAGCAGUAUAAGGAUGAUCUUCUGGCAUCUUGUUUGACCUUCAUCCUGGCUCUUCCCAAGGAAAUCAUUGCCCAGCAGAUGGUGGAAGUGGUACCUGUCAUACAGAUAACUCUGAAGAUGGGUCUAAGUUAUCUGCCCUUGGCAAAGGUGGCACUGGAUGCACUGGAGUACUGGUCAGACAAUUUGCCUGCUGCUGUCAUACAGCCACAUUACCCCAAGAUACUGCCUCACCUUGAUACCUACCUCAAAACAGCUGACAAAGGUGCAGAGGAAGUGUCGGUGGAUGGCACAGUGAACAUGACCAAGAGUAAGACAGGAAGGGGUAGGAAGAAGCUAGCUGUACGGAUGAUCAGAGGACCCAAAAAAGAUGAGGUGAAAAAGGGAUACAAGUCUGAGCUUUCUCAAGUGAAGCUACGUGUGAUGCAGUACCUUGGAAGCCUCGGAGGUGGUCAGAACCAUGCCUUGCUGGCAGACAGUGAGACAGAGAUCAGCAAGCAGGCCAUUGCUUGGGACACACAACACCAUCUCAAGUUUGAUAUGCCCUUCAUUGACAUGAAACCCACCAUCUACUUGGAUCCGUUCCUGCCACACGUUGUUAUGUUAGCUACCAAGUCAAGUGAUCGCCAGACCAAGGUAGCUGCUUGUGAGCUACUUCACUCUCUGGUACUGUUUUCCCUGGGACGAGGUGCCACCCAACCUGGAGAAGCGGCCAAGCGUUGUUCCAUGGCACCACUGUACAAGAAGCUGUUUCCUGUGCUUCUGCAACUGGCUUGUGAUGUAGAACUGGUUGCUAAGCAACUGUUUGAGCCCCUGACAAUGCAGAUCAUCCAUUGGUUCACUGGCAGCAAGAAAGCAGAGAGUAAAGAAACCAUGUCUUUACUGGAUGCCAUCUUUGAUGGUAUCAUUCAACCUACAGACACCAGCUUAAGAGAUUUUUGUGCUACUUGUCUUCGAGAAUUUAUGAAGUGGUCCAUUAAGCACACAUCCAAAAAAAUGGAGACGAGCCCUAUCAAUGCUAAGUCAGUGUUGAAGAGACUCUUUACUUAUGCCCUACAUCCCAGCGCCUUCAAGAGGCUUGGUGCAGCUCUGGCGUUUAACAACAUAUACACAGUGUUCAGGGAGGACAACACUUUGGUGGAUACAUUCACGUUCCAGAUCUUGGUUCACUUCGUCGAGAGUCUGGCAAUUGCUCAUAAGGAUGAAAAGUCUUUAGGUACACAAGAACAAGCAUGCAAAGCCCUGGAACACUUAGAAAAGAUCAUAUGUAAAAAGGCAGACAUCUUAAGGAAGGAAAGUAAACUUCGUACAGAGCCCAGUCAGUGGAGUAAGAUCACUAUUGAUAUCUGUGUACGCUGGUUCAUGCGUCAGUGUGGUCGACCACAGACAGAAUGUAGACACAUGUGUAUGAGAUUACUUCACAGGAUGACCCCAUUAAUACAAGAUGGAGACAGUUCUGGCUUGUUACUGAGGGAUGGAGGUCAUAAUUACUCUGACCUCAGACAGUUCUGGCUUGUUACUGAGGGAUGGAAGGCAAACCUACCAUUACCUCAGACAGCAGUUCCACCAGAGGUUUGGAGUGAUGCACUCUGGGAAAUGGUGUGUAUGUGUGUGGUAGAGCCAGGCUCUGUUGGUUUCAAUCUUGGAGAGGUAGAGGUCAUGAAGAAUCUACCAAGGGAGAUGGAGCAAGUUCUUAUGGUGAUGUCAAGAAAGCUUCCUGCCAAAUUAUGUGAGAACAUGAAAAGUCAGUUUACAAAGACUCUAUCUGGAAAGAGAGAUUUGUCUGGUCACCUUCCAUUGACUUUGGAUAACCUUAAGCUUGAUCCUAUUUACCUGCAACAGUUACUGGGUGGAUAUCACCAGCUCCAUACAGCUGGUCUGAUGACAAGUGUCCACUCAGGAUCAAAGAAUGCUGAUGACUUGGCACAGAAACUCUUUGCUAAUGUCCUCCAGGGUGUGGUAUGUAGGUAUAGCGGAGGAGCACUGGAGGCUGUUACUCUUACACCUGUGAUACACACUCUCAUGAAAGACAUGCUGGCUCUCAGUUUCCACCUUGGACUACCAGGGAUUACUCUUGUGGAGGCUAUACUUGACCAAACUUUGGUGAGUGGCUCUAGUAAAGGGUUGGAGCAGUGCCAUGGAGACCUUAUCUUCUCCAUGUUUAAGUCAGUCAUAGCCGGUCACAUGGCAUUGGAGUCUGACGUGUGUGUCAAGGCAUUGGCUGUGAAGGCUGGAGCAGAUGGUAGAAAGGUGAGCCGGAUCCUGGUUGCUGUGGUAGACCACGUGACGAGGGACAAGGCCCUAAGGAAACGUAUUGGACAGAAAGUAGUAAAAAGUGUCCUGAUGCAGUGGAAGACAAUAGCGACCUGGUGUGAUAGCAAGUCUUCCAUUGACCUUCAGAGUAUGACCUUGCUGUUAUUGACCAAGCUCCUAUUGAUUGAUAGUAAGUUUGUGUCCACACCGUCAUCCCCAUCUUUUGAGGAUGUGUUUGGUACAUACCUCCAGUGUCUGACGGAUACACGAACUAACCUGGCAUUUAAGUGCCGUGUGUUAGACCUAGUACCAUUCUUUGUCAAUGUCCCAAAGCCCCAUAUCACAAAGCUCAAGACAAGUCUAGACAGGCUUGUGGCAGAUAACUUUCCUCUGAAGAGUUCCGAGUUCCCAAAAGGCAGUUCCCAUUAUCGGGAUUAUAUAUCAGCUUUAGACAAGAUCUUAAGUGGACUAGAGCUGUCUGGCAGUCUGGUUCUCUUAGAGCUCCUGAUCAGCGUAGCCUGUCGAGAACAGAAGCAUACAUAUGAAGAUACAAUCCAGCAGUUUCUCAACAGGUUCAUAAGAAGACUUCCUGCUGACAAACAGAAGCUGGCAGUAGAUGUGGCCUAUAAUAUAUUCUGUAAAGAGAGCUAUCCUGCUGAGAUUCGUACUGCGACCUUGGAGAAGGUUGCCCUGCCUAUGUUACAUCUGUGUCACAAGUCUGCAUUACUGGAGUUCUAUCUGGACCACAUGAAGGAUUUUAGAACCAUACUUGAGGCCAAACAGGUCAAGGGGUCAGGACUGGAAAAUCAGCUAGUGAGUAAGACUGGGUGUUUCCAGCUGAUGGAUGUCAUGUACUCACACCUAGCUAAGGAGGAAGUCUCCAGCAAAAACUCAGCCCUCAACGAGAAGUUCUGUCAGUUGAAAGACGAACCAAUCAAAACAGGAUCGGAGAUGACUAGAGCUGUGAUGAAGAUUGGUCAUGCUGCGAAGGGUGAAGAUACACGAGGGGAGACAACUCUGCUUAGCCUUCGUCGCCUGUAUCACUGUGCAGCCUACAACAUGCUUAUUUCAGUAGUAUCAUGUACUCAGACAGAGGCCAAGUUUUAUCAGGUGUUCUUGUUUAAGGAGGACGAGACAAAGGGUGAUUUUCUGCUGGAUAAUCUUAUUGAUAAAGAAAGGACAUAUGAGUUUCCUACAGAACUGACCUCGCCCAUGGAGCGCAAGAAACAGUUUGUGUCACUUCGUAAGGAAGUGAAGGAACGACAACAGGAGGGUGGUAUGGAAACAGAAUAUGCUUCCUUCAAUCUUGCCUCACAGUACCUGGCUGACAGUAGUCUCCAUGAUGAUGUCAGCCAAUAUGAUUUCUCCACAUCAGGCACGUCACAGUUUUCACCUUCACCCUCUGAUAAAGGAAGGACUCGACUGGGAAGGAUCUUCAGCUACAACAAUCCUGAUGAUGACACGGAGACCAAGGUUGUGGUACAGGAUGACUAUGUAGAGUUGGAGAUGGAUGAUCUGAACAAACAUGAGUGUAUGGCCACCUCUAUAGCACUGCUGCAGCACAUGCAACGCACAGGUGUCACACCUCCUGUCACUACAGGGACAGCAGCCUCCAUGCCUGGAUGGAUGGAUUACCUACAUACCAAAAUGAAGAGUGCAAAAACUCAUGUCAACAUCAAAUUGUUCAUUGCAAAGCUUGUCAGCAACUGUACCCAGAUAUUUCAGCCAUAUGCCAGGUACUGGUUGCGGCCGCUGAGCCAGCUGAUUCUGAGUGGGGCUUUAGGAAGUGAGGGAAUCAAUUACUUUGUUGUGGAUGUAGUUGUCACAAUGAUGUCAUGGCACCAGGUGGCCAUCCCGCAGGAUACUGCAGAAGAGCGUGCCAUGGCUACACGCGUAGUGGAAUACUUGACAGCCAAUGCAUUCAGUGAGACACGACCAGUCUUUAGAAACAACUUGGAGCUGUUAAAGACUCUUCUACAGUGCUGGAGAGAUCGUCUAGAAGUCCCAUACAAUGUCAUAUACAAGUUGAUGAUGGAUUCGCGUGGUGACCCGAAAUCUCCUCGUCACAGCACAGGAAUUCAGAUUAUGGGGGUUGUCCUUGCUUGCAAGUUACCACCGUAUGGUCCAGCAGCCCCAGUGGACCGUGAUAAGUUUUUCUCCACUGUAUCAAGCUACUUGACCCAUCAGCUACGGUCUGUAUAUGCAGCCACAGCUGAGGUAGUUGGCAUGAUAUUCCAGUAUCUGGCUGAGAAGGAGAAGGAGACAGAAGGGCCAUUUUACAAUCAUGUGACACGCCUGAUGAAUUCCAUGCACCUUUCUAAGCCAGAAAACUUUGUGAUUGGGGUCCAUCGGCUACACCGACACUACCCUCCAGUGGCUGUCAAAUUUAUCAAUAAGAUAUUGUUUAUGCUGCCUAAGAUGCAUGGUGAGUUUCGCAGUCUAAGUCUGGAGAUUAUUCAUGGCUGUGUGGAAAGCAUUGAUAAUGUCUACAUGGAACUCAAGUCAAAAGGUCUUGUUUCCUACCUCAGUCACAGGGAUGAGCAAACACAACUUAUUGCUUUAAAGAUUGUGAAGACGAUGAUGGUGAAACUGGAGCCUAAGGAAUUGAUGGCCUUGUUACCACUGGUGACAGCAUUCUCUGGUCAUCCUAGUACAUCCUGUCGCAACAUAAUGUAUGAUAUUCUCAUGUGGGUGUACGAUAACUAUCGGCGAGAUGAUAAUGAGGAUGCCCACAUAAUCAUACAGCAGACUAAAGAGGGACUCCUGAGAGGACUUGGAGAUGAAGAUCUUCACUCCAGGUUGUUGAUCCAGAACUUUUGGAGCAGUGAGACCCGCCUGCCACCGGACACCUUAGACCGUUUAGUGGCAAUGCUGGAAGCAAUGUAUGCUCCUGUUACUGAGCAACAAUACCUUAGCUAUGCCACAAAUUUACUUCUGGAGAUGACCUCUAAAAGUCCUGACUACCAGCGACAAAUAUUUGAGCAUCCUCUCUCUGAAUGUAAAUUCCAGGAUUACAAUGUCAAGUCAUCAUGGAGACAGAGACAUGUAGCCAUGACGCCAUUGUUUGCCAACACCAUGGCAACCCAGGCAAUGGACUCUGAUAGUCCUCCAUCAGACAGCUUGGACGGUGAGAUACAGGCUACAGCUGAUGUUCAGCAGUUCACAGCCACUCAGGAUGCAUCUAGAGCCCCAUUUAACUGGCUGACCCAGAGCAGCUUGGAUACCUACACAGACUAUGGAACUGUGGGCUCAGAACCUCAGAGUGCUCUGCUCUUCACUGUCGGAUCAAUGGAGGCCUCAGCCAGAAUUGGCCGCCCAAGGGUCCGGCCUAAACCCUCUGGGUUUGGACGGCCACACCCAGGGCCCAGUAAGAAACCAGCUGAAAAUUUGAGGAAGUCUGAUGAAGGAAGUGAGAUGUUGCGAUUAAAGAGAAGAUUUUUGAGAGAUGAAGAGGCAAGCAGGAUUUUCUUUGCAAGGAGGACCCAGCGUAUACAGCAAAUGAGACAGGUGGCCAUGCAGGAGCAGAAGACACGUCGUGAAAACCAGGUGACAAUGUACAGGAAGUACCGUAUUGGGGAUUUACCAGACAUACAGAUCAAGUACUCCUACAUCAUUGCCCCCCUCCAGGCUGUGGCACAUCGAGACAGCACAAUCGCCAAGAUUCUGUUUAGUGAGCUCUUCAAGGCAAUAUAUGACCAGAUGGACCAGGUGAAAGUUGAACGGGAGAUAGAGCCUAUUGUGGAACAGAUCAAGGCCAGCCUUGGCACAGUGCUGUCACAGUCAGUACAGUACCAUCCGCCCUUCGUCGGCUGUAUGUUGGACAUAGUGUACCAACUAAGGAGCCAGCUGUCAGUUGAUGUGACCAGUGUGGGAUCCAGUGCAGCCUUUAGUAACCUACAGCCUUUAGGUAUUGUGGUAUUGGAAGAACAACUUAUCAUCCAUAAUCCAGAGGAAGAGAGACCAUCCAAGCGAGGAAAGAUGGACUCCCUGACCAUCUCAAAAGAAGUUCCUACUUGGAUUGAGUUGGCAAGGUUAUACAAGUCUGUAGACGAAUAUGAUGUACUACUUGGGAUAUUUACUGGUAAGAUUGGCACUCAGGAAAUUACCCAGAAGGCAGUGGCUUUUGAAGCAAGGGGAGACUUCUAUCAAGCCAAGAAGUUAUAUGAUGAGGCGCUGAGUUAUACUGACUGGCCGGAUGGUAAUCCUGAGAUGGCCGAGGUGGACCUCUGGGAUGAUUGUAGGAUGGAGUGUUUAGAUAACUUGACCAGUUGGAAUGAGUUGGACACAGUAUCCACUUCAGGAUUAGAUGCUGGCGAUCUCUCCUCUGUGUGGGAUGAUACGUUUUACCAGGAACACUACCUGCCUUUCAUCAUCCGUAGUAAGGUGAAGCUGAUUCUCCAUGGUGACCAUCAUCAGCAAUCACUCAUAAGUUUUGUGGAUGAGGCAAUGAAGACACCAGAACACAAGUCUUUACUAGAGAACCGUUACUGUGGAGAGCUUGCACUACUGGCAGUAUGGCAGGAGGACUAUGAUCGGGCUCGACAUUACACAGCUAUGGCAGUACAGCGGUUCCAACAGGAGUGGAGCAGCACAGACACUCUUAUGAUGUCAAGUCGUGUGAACAAACUUCAACAGUUACAACCCCUAGUGGAACUACAGGAGUUUCUCAACUUUAUCUCCCAUGAAUCUAAUUUCAGUUCCCCUGGUCCUGCUAAUCGCCUACUGGAGAAGUGGGAGGGUCGUUCUCCUGACAUGUUGUUGGACUCAGUGAGGGUAUGGGACGACAUUGUCACCAACAGGAGCCUCUUUCUGGAUCACAUUGGGGCACGUUUAAUGGCCAGUGAACAAAACUCAGAGGAUUCUAUGGAAGUAGAUAUGUCUGACACAUUCCUCGAGUCCAAACUCCGACUCCACCUUCAAAUGGUAGAGAGCUGCAAAAAUCAGAACAAUUACAAGCUGGCUUUGCAGAUCCUGGGAGAAAAUAAAAGUCAAUGUAAGGGUAGUGGGAAUGCUGGACUCUGGAUAAGCUGGGGACAUCUAUAUACCAGUACUCAUCACAAAAAGGCACAUAGCGCUCAGUCAAGCUGGGCAGACGACACUUUUACCAGCAUUGCCUCCACUGUAGAUCUGCUAGGUAAGUACAAGGAUAGUGAUGUCCUUGAGGAGAUUCCAGCAUUUGGUCGUCUUCAUUUUGUGUUGCUAGGGCAGACACACGAGCUGUUGGUAGAUGGUGUGCGAUCAAUAAGUGGCUUGGGCUGUCUUGGUGACAGGAACAGAGAGAGAUUAAAAGAUAUUACAGGAGUCAGCAAAAUGGAAGAGACAGAGCUGAUAGAAAGCCUGGUUAAACGUGGCUUUGAGAACAUGAAGAAGUCGCUACACUAUGAGGACGGUGGACAUUCCCCACGGAAUGGGUUCACCAAAGACAUGGCUUUGAUGGCAGUGGCCAAAUUCUGUGACAAGAUGCUGAGAAUGACCGAAGAUGAUGACUUGGACUUGAGUAAAUCAACAACCAAAACAUUUCCUGAUACCGUAGUUGUGUGUCUACUCAACGCCAUGCGGUUAGACUCCAUGGAGGCCAAACAAAGAUUUCCCCGUCUUUUACAGCUGAUUGAACUUUACCCUGAUUGUAUGGGCACAUUUAUAGACAAGUGUGAUGAGGUGCCCAGCUGGAUGUACUUAUUGUGGAUCAGUCAGAUGAUGGCCUUGAUGGACAAGCCAGAGGCUCCUGCUGUACAACCAGUGCUGUUUAAAAUAGCUACUUUGUACCCUCAGGCUGUUGUAUACCACUUCAAGCUCAGUCAGGAAGGUUUCCAAUUCGGGAACAAACCUUAUGAUAAAAAGAACAAAGCCGUGGUGGAAAGACUGGCCAACCUGCUGGAUGAGGAGCAUGUCCCCUUGGUAACAAAAUUCAUUUCUGCCUUGGAACAGUUUGGACAACCAGACCAAAUAUUCAAGGACUGGGGUCAUGACAUGCUGAGGAUGCUGAAGAAAAAGAAGCAAGACAAUGUUAAAAUAAAGGAAAUGUAUCUGGAGAUGUACCAACAGGUGCUUGAACCAUCCCAGAGUGUGAUGUUGAGUUACCGUGAUGAUGUGUCAUCCACACAGACCAGUUCACAGUCCAUUAUAGAGAUGGGGCAGUACCUCAAAAAAUUCUCAGCUAGAUUCAAAAAGGAAAUUGAUAAAUGUUUUGGAGAAGGUGGCAGGAAACUUGUGGGUAUGAAGACAAAAGAGUUCUAUGCGAUUUUCCGCAAGCUUUCUGAAGAUAUGGACCUGGAGGUGAAAGGGGUACCAAAGAACUCAAAACUCAUUCCUCCAGCAUCACUCAAGGAGUACUGUAAGUGGAUGGUGGACUUUAACCCCAACACAGAGGGCAAUAACUUGGAGAUUCCAGGUCAGUAUACCGGCCUGACAAAGCCUCUUCCUGAAUACCAUGUAAAGGUUGCAGGCUUUGACCAAAGGGUGUUAGUGAUGUCAUCAAUAAGAAAACCAAAGCGUGUUGUGAUCCGUGGUAAUGAUGAAAAGGAAUACCCCUACCUUGUAAAGGGAGGUGAAGACUUAAGACAGGACCAGCGUAUAGAACAGCUCUUCUUCCUAAUGAACCAGGUGUUUGAGAGAGAUCCUGCUUGUCGACAACGUAAACUUCAUCUCAAGACAUAUCAAGUCAUCCCUAUGACCCCCAGGGUUGGUUUGAUCGAGUGGGUCAGCAACACCAUGCCCAUGAAGGAUUUCCUAAAUGCCAGUCUCACUGAACAGGAGCAGAACUUUGUACACCACAAAACGAAUGGUCCUUCUGCUCAACACACAGCCUGGCUACAGAAACUUGGGAAGAAUCUGCCACUUCCAAAAAUGUAUGGCCUAAUGUACCAGAAGUAUAAUAAAACAGAGGCUAUCCGUGAACUACAUCUAAAGGAAAACAAAAUACCUUGGGAUCUGUUCAGACGGGCCUUCCAUGACAUCAGUACAUGUCCUGAGGCAUUCCAUGUGCUGCGUUGUACUCUGGCUGUUUCCCAUGCCCUCGUGUCCAUAUGUCAAUAUAUUCUAGGUAUUGGUGAUCGCCAUCUCUCCAACUUCAUGAUCAAUCUCAAAACAGGGCAGAUGAUUGGCAUUGAUUUUGGACAUGCAUUUGGAUCAGCAACUCAGUUCUUACCGAUCCCAGAGCUGAUGCCUUUCCGUCUGACUAGACAACUCCGUAACCUGAUGCUACCCCUACAGGUGAAGGGCUUGAUGGAGAGCACUAUGGUUCAUGCUCUGCGUGCCCUGCGUGAAGACUAUGACCUACUUCUUGCAACCAUGGACAUAUUUGUGAAAGAGCCAUCUGUUGAUUGGCUGGUUAAUGCUGAAAAACAGAUGCAGAGUUUAAAUUUAGAAGAAUCCCUUGAUGAGGAGAGUAUUUCCUGGUAUCCCAAGGAGAAAGUUCGAUAUGUUAAGAGGAAACUCAAGGGUGAAAAUCCUAGUUACAUAACAAGGGAUGAACUAAAACUUGGUCAUUCUAAGAAUGAUGCCCUACAGAAUUUUGAGAGUGUUGUGAUGGGAGAAAAAGGAAAUCGGAGGGCAGAGCUUCCUCAACACAGCCUCAGUGUAGAGGAUCAGGUAGCUGCUCUCAUAGACCAAGCCACAGAUCCUAAUAUUCUUGGACGGGUAUAUGCUGGCUGGGAACCUUGGAUGUAGAGCAUGGCAAUACAUAAAGCACAAUGAAGAUCCUGAUAUUCUUUGCCAGGUCUACAAAGGCUGGGAACCUUGGAUGUACAGCUUGGCAAUACAUCAGGCCAAAUGAGGAUCCUAAUAUUCUUUGUCAGGUCUUCAAAGGCUGGGAACCUUGGAUGUACAGCUUGGCAAUACAUCAGGCCAAAUGAGGAUCCUAUUCUCGCUCAGGUCUACAAAGGCUGGGAACCUUGGAUGUACAGCUUGGCAAUACAUCAGGCCAAAUGAGGAUCCUAUUCUUGCUCAGGUCUACAAAGGCUGGGAACCUGGGAUGUAGAGAUUUUUUACUUAUUCACAGUAGAGACAAGCAGUACAAAAGGCCAAAUAAUGAUCCUUUUAUGCAGAUAUUACCACAACUUGGCUCUCAUCAGAGCUGUAAGAGUUGAAAUAAGUAGAUCCAUGUAGGCUCAAAACUUUGAAUGUAGAGCUUGGCAGUGCAUACAAUCAUUCAAAAAUUCUUUGUGUGUUAUACACUAAGAAGGCUGUCUGCAGAAUCCCUAGAAUUCCAGGAAGAUUAGCUAGUUUUUUAACUUUUAUUUAAUGCUAUUAAAAAGCAGUUCCUAGUCCCAGAAAGUUCUUUAGCCAAUACAAACUACACCUCAUUUACAAGAGACAGCAUCUCUAUCUUGUUACCAAAUACCAGUUAUAAAGCCUAAGUAUAUCAUAAUUUGAUAGGUAAUGUCACUGACAUCCAUUCAUAGGGAUUUGUCUGGCAAAGUGUAGAGCUUUACUUAGAAUGGACACAAUAGUGAAAGUUAAAACCAGUUCAUUGAAUAAACAAGUAGACAACAAUCUAGAUGUGUUCUGAUAUUCUGAUAGGCAUUACAAAAUAAAGUACAUAUAAUGCAGACAGCAGGAUCAUAGUCCUAUCAAUUUGAUAGCAUGGUUUUUAACCAGAAAGUCAUAUUCAUAUUUCUGUCAAAUGUGGAAAAUGUUGCUUGUGAAUUUGUCCUGCUGUUGAUUCUGUUGUCUGUGAAAAAAAAUGUAUUGUAUUAUAGGAAAGCUGUGUUAUAUGCUCUUUAACAUGAUUUUUUAAGAGUACAUGUAGUUAUCAACCAACAAGGAACAUUUUGUUUUUCGCUUAGUUUCAGUUUUAAGACAAUGGCACAGUAUGUAUCAUAUAAACAACUACCUAUUGUAGAACAUUGUAUUGGGUUUGUUAAUCAAUUUAUUGAAAUUGAAGAACAUAGACAAAUCCUUAAAAAAGUGUUUGACUUCAAUAUACAUUUACUGACAUCUGUAUUUUUCUCGAUGCAAUAUUUGUAACAAAUAUCCUUCAAAUAGACAUCAAAAAGGCACUGUGUGGAACAGUUUUAAAAGUUUUACUGGGCCAGAAAUGCAGUCCUAAAAUAAAUAUGAAUCAAUUUUCAAUUGUAUCGCUCUUCAUAGAAACUCUUUGCAAGUAAAUGCAGUUUUCUUUCUGUAUGUUUUUCUUUUCUACUAGAAAUUGAGUGAUUCAGAUAAGUAAAAACCGUCUGUUUUUCUUUUCUAGUAGAAAUUGAGUGAUUCAGAUAAGUAAAAACCGUCUGUUUUUCUUUUCUAGUAGAAAUUGAGUGAUUCAGAUAAGUAAAAACCGUCUGUUUUUCUUUUCUACUAGAAAUUGAGUGAUUCAGAUAAGUUUACAACAGGAAUUUAAAACCUUUUAAAAUUUGUUCACAUAUCAGUUUGUGUUUUAUUUUUUAAGCAGAAUAAUCCUCGUUAUGACAUAAUUGUUAGGAUAUUGCUGUUAAAUUCGGUUGUGUUCCAGGAAAAGUACAUGUCUUGCUUUAAAAUUUUGUUGUGUUGUAGGAUAUGUGUAUUGUGGUAGCCUUUCAACAUUAGCAUUGCCUUUUGAAUGUUUUUCAUGCAGGAUAAAAAUAAAAUGAUUUCAACACGAA